GUGUCAUGUUUUUUUUUGUUUGUUUGUUUGUCGAGUUGUUGCGGAACGCGAAUUGCUCAAAACUUUUUUCAAAAUUUUAUUUAUUUAGGUCUUUAUUUAUUUUUCAUUCUAUCAUGUCGGUCAUAGUAAUAGCUGUAGCCAGUGAGAGUGGCGUGCCUAUUUUUUCACGCAAACGCGGUAACAGCGAGAAUGUACAAUUUUCAACAAUCGCUUCCCUCCACGGUAUCAACAUGUUCAGUAAAUGCCACAAUUUAUCAAUGAUUAAAACACAAGUGGACAAUGGAAAUAUACUUUGGAAAGAAUAUUGUAAAAGUGUCACAUUAAUCGGUAUAGCCACUGGCGGUUUAGAAUGUGAUCUGGAGCUCCUCCUAUCCUGCGUACACGAUGUAAUGAUAUUCUGUAUUGGCAAAAAAGAACUGGAAAAACUCAAAAACAUUGACCAAAUAAAGCGAGAUUUGAGGCAGUGUUAUCCGAUACUAGAUUAUUUACUGGAGUCUCUAGACCCAAAUACAGUAUCAAACACACUGCCCACACUAACAUUGGAUCUUAUUCAAAGUAUGUUAUGUCCACAAGCUCAGCAAUUACAGCAAGCUUUAGAUCAGUAUGCGGAGAGUGUGACAGGCCGUUGGGCUUGCUUGAGCAUUCAUGGCCAGUUGGUGGCAACCAGUUCCGACUUCCAGGAACUAGAUGCAAGAGAGGCUCGGCUGAUGCUCCUGUUAGCAGCAGCACAGGAUGGGGCUCCGUUGAGAGACACUCCAGUCUAUUUGCCGCAAAUGAGUCCAAAUGUAGCAUUCAGAGCAGUGACCUGCAAAUUAUUAGCCGAUGUUUACAUACUAGUCGUAUGUGGCGCCACUCCACCUCUGUCUGAAAUCGAUGAAAUAGUCCUCCAGUGCUGGGAAGGAUACGCACAAAUUAUAAAGGAAGCAAAGUUGGUUCAUCCUAGAAAUUUCCCCAUGAGUAUGUCAUUUGAACCAAGUAUUUUAGGGUUCUUCGUAGGUCUGCACGUCGACCUUGUAGCGGUAUACAUCUUCACUACGGUUCCAGGUAAUACCACCACUUUUUAUUAUUUCAUUAGCUUUCCUUUUCAGCCCUUCUUCGUUUCCUUUCCGUUGACUUACUUUACCACCCUCUUUCAUAGCCUUUACCAAAUCUUCAUUGUUAGUAGUCAAAUUUUGCAACACACAUUCUUCUUUACCUAACGUCAUAUUCAUUUUUCUGUAAAGUUGACUCCCUUGAUCGAUAGUUCCGCAACCCAUCAUGAGAUCGUCCACAUGAAAGUCUGACAGUAUCUUCUCAGCCGCCGUUGAAGAAUCUUCACCGAGAUCCAAAUUCAUGUCAACAUAUUCACUAACUACCUCUGUGUAUUUCUGUUUCAGAUCGCCAUUUUUCAGUCUACGUGUUAAUGAAUACAUUCUUUUUUCAGGUGUUUGCCGGGAAUUCUUCUCAUCGGGAUCUUCAUCUUUCAACGGAAGACAACGCACAAUGUGUCGAUCAGUGUCAUCUGUACGAGAA